AUGGCAUUUACUAGCUGUUUUGUGAUUUUGAUAAUAAUUUCUUGCUCAUUCACUUUCACUUUAGCCAACAGGACAGCAGUGGAACAGUUGUAUCAAACUUUACUGACGAAUUACAAUCCGUACAUACGACCAAACUCCAACCAGAACCAGCAGACGGUGGCCGUGGCGACCAUGCAUUUGAUCUCCAUUAAUGGCCUGGAUGAACUCUCGGGUACCCUGUCCACAGUGGUGUAUAUUGACAUAACUUGGACAGACUCGAGGAUGGUGUGGAACAAGACGGACUUUGGAAACACUCAGCAGAUUCUUGUUCCACAGAAGUUGGUUUGGAAACCUGACUUGAUUGUCACCAAUCCGGUGAAGCAAGUCCGGAAAAUCGGAUUUGAUGACAUCAUGAUACGCUAUCAAGAUGACGGAGCGGCUCUGUGGUAUACUGGUGACUACAUAGAAACGUCAUGUGACAUUGAUAUCACACACUUUCCGUUCGACCGUCAGUUGUGUAAAAUUGAGAUGAUUCCUUGGAAUUACAGACAUCGCGAGCUCCAACUUUUAAUUUCUCGAAACGACAUUAAUCUUGAAAACUUUACUCAAAAUGGAGAGUGGGUUUUAUAUGGCACAGCCGCUGAAAGAGUCGGAGACGGUCCAUUUGAAUACAUCUAUUUCAAGUUAUAUCUAGAGCGUCGAUCCUCUUUCUUCAUCGUUAACCUUUUCAUUCCAGUUGUGUUGCUGACUCUUCUCAACUGCAUGGUGUUUCUUCUUUCAGCAGAUUCCGGGGAGAGGGUGGGGUACGCCAUCACGUGUCUGCUAUCAAUGACAGUGUAUCUAACUCUAGUGUCGGACACAAUCCCCAAAACUUCAAAACCAAUCUCUGUGUUGUCCUUUGUAUUGAUGAUCCUACUUAUUUUGUCAGCAUUUAUUUGCUUUUUAACCAUUAUUGGUCUCCGAUUUCAUUUUCGAAAAGAAGAGAAGCCUCUACACCCGUGGUUAAUAAAAGUGACCAGAGCUUUAAGAUGUAAAAGGUUCAAGAAAUGUUGCUGGUCUGUUUUCAUCAAAUGUGAUUGUCACCACAGAAGAAUUGAAUCGGCAGAAACUGAACCUGUCAAUUCAAAAUCAAACACCAGGCGAGUCUCAUUGCAAAUAGACAACAACAUGGACAGAUCCAGACGAUACUCACAGCAAGCAGACUAUAACAGACCCGUGGUGGCGUUAGUAGGAAAUUUUGACGAGGGAUCCAAGUCAGGGAUUUAUAAACAGUCUGUCCGAGUUAAUGAGGAUUCUGAAGUUAUCUACGAGGAUUACAAUGAAGUGAAUGCUCCGGAAUAUAACGUGGAAACGUGGAAAACGUUCGCCAAGCUGUUCGACAAAUACUGCUUCUUUUUGUGUGCUAGUACAGUCAUUGUACUGGGAGCUUUGUAUAUCAUGAUCUCUAUCGGGCGUCUGUCCAUGUGA